AUGAUACUGGUGCUGGCACUGGGGUGGACCAACUACGUCCCGCUGGGCAGGAGGAUGCCGGGCACCCGCUUCAUCGCCUUCAAGGUCCCCCUGAAGACGAGCUUUAAUCGGAACCUUCAUCCAGAGGAGAGAUUUUCACCUCAUGACCUCAUUAAGAAAAUUAAAGAGCAGAAGGAAGAACUGGGCCUGAUCAUUGACCUGACAUACACAACACGCUAUUACGGGCCAGAGGAGCUCCCAUCCACACUCUGCUACUCAAAGAUCUUGACGAUGGGACAUGAAAUACCAAACAAGCACACCAUUUUUCAAUUCAAAUGCGUUGUAAAAAAGUUUUUGAGAGACAACAAAGACAACGAUAAACUCAUCGGAGUUCAUUGCACGCAUGGCUUAAACAGAACUGGCUACCUGGUUUGUAGGUACCUGAUUGAUGUUGAAGGCAUGGAGCCAAAUACUGCAAUAGAGUGUACGUAUGUUGUUCAACAGGGCUCGAGGGCAUCCUAUAGAGAGAAUCAACUAUAUCCAAGAUCUUCAGCAGAGAUCUGUAAAAAAAAACUCCGGCAAAGUCAAGAAGAACCGUCAGCGAGGCGCCGAGGCACAGGCACACCACCAGGAGCUGGCUUCGGAGCACAGGGCCGUGGAGCAAAGGCGGCCGUGCGGUUUCACAGCGAGGAACUGUCGGGUUUCAUUACCCGCUAA